UUGAAGAUGAUGUGCAAAAUUACAUUCAAUAUUUGUUGUUGUUGUUGUUAUUUGCCUUUUAGCAAAAUUUUCAAGUUUAGUUUGUGAAAAUGUUCACCAAGAAAAAAAAAAAAAAAAUCUGGUUUUUUUUCAUUCAUUCAAUCAUCAUGGUCAUUCAUUAGUUGUUGAUGUUUGUUUGAUAUGUUGAUUGAAAGAAAGUGACCACACCACAAACGCCAUUACGAAGAUGAUUCAUCAUCGAUUCGUUUGUCCGUGAUGAUGCCAUUUAUAUAAAAAGUGUUGUGUUCAUUCGUUUCGAGUGAUUUUUUUUUUGUUCAAUAUAUGAUGAUGAUGAUGAUGAUGGCCAGAAUUAUAUUCUUAAUGAUGAUAAUCAUUGUGAUGACCAAUGGUCAAUCAUCAAUUGAUCGUCGUUUGAUUAAUCAACAAAAUCUUGAUCAACAGAUAAUUAAAUCGAUACCAAAAUUAAAUCUAGCAUCAUUUGGUAUUGAUACGAAAAAAGGUGAUAGUGGCCAUGAUGAUCAUGUUGAUGAUCGUAAAAUAAAAAAUAAUGAUCGAAGUCGAUAUGAUAUCCAUAAGGAAUCAAUGGAAAAUGAACGUAAUCGUCUUUAUAGUGAACGUAUGGAAAAUUUUCGUAAUGCAUUACGUGAAAUGGAAUGGGAAUAUUUUGAUCGUAGACAAUCAUCGACACGUCGUCCAUCAACAUCAAGGACAACGACAACGACAACAACAUCAACGACUACAACACCACGAUCAUAUCAUUAUCGUCCAACUGAAGAAGAAAUAAAUCGUCGAUCAUAUCGACCGAUACCACAGCCAACAAGAUCACCGAAUGAAUAUCCGUUACGUGAUUGUCAACAGGAAUGUGUCCCGAAACAUUAUCUUCAACAUUAUUAUGGCCAUAAUUGUCGAUCAAUUUUUAGUCGUGAUUGUAAUUGUGCUAAACGUUUCAAUUGUCCGGAUGAUGUGCUCGAUGAUAAACGAAAAAAAUCCAAAACAACUAGACGAAUUGAUGACGAUAAUGAUGAUCAAUGUAUUAUCGAUAAUCGUAAUCGAUAUGAAAUUGGUCAACAAAUACCGAUACCAAAUCAACCAUGCAGUGUUUGUCGUUGUCGUCGUGAUUAUUCCAUUCGAAUCGAUGAUGAUGAUGAUAAUGAUAGUGAUGGACGAUCGACAAGACGAGUACCGAAAGCACGUAUCGAUUGUUCCAAAAUAAUCGAUUGUCCUGAAUUGGCAUUUGGUGUUCGACCAAGUCGUUCAAAUUGUUAUUUCGCCUAUUCACAUGAUCAAUGUUGUGGUGUUGAGAUUUGUCCCGAUCAAUUAAAAUGGGAUGAUUAUCGUCUACAUAAAUGUCCUUAUAAGAAUCGUACAUAUCGUUAUGGUGAACUGAUUGAAUUGGAUGAAAAUCAUUGUAAACGUUGUGUUUGUAAUGAAUAUUGGAAUGAACAUGAUCCAGAAUCAUCACCGAAAUCAUGUGUAGAUCAAACAUGUCCAAUUGAACGUAAUUAUCGACAAAAUUGUUUGCCAAUCUAUCAACCGGAUCGUUGUUGUCCUAUUGAUUAUAUUUGCCCAUUGAAACAAAAUAUUACCACUACAAUAAUCGUUAACAAUGAUGAUGAUCAUUUAUAUCGUAAAUAUUUCCAAAAUUUUGAUUACAUUCCGGGUGAAAGACCAAAUGGAUCAUCUAAAUAUCAUUGUUGGUUGGAUGGCCAACGUUAUCGUUUAGGCAACAAAGUACACAUUACAAAAGAUUCAACAUUAUUUCAAAAUUCUUGUGCCAUUUGCCAAUGUAAAAUACCACCAUUAAUGACUUGUAUUGAGAAUAUAAAAUGUUUGAUAACAAGAAGCAACAAUUAAUGAACGUCAAUAACAGCAACAACAACAACAACAACAACAACAACAAAAAUUCCGUUGUCACAUCAAUCAAUCAUCAUGAUCACGUUGUUUGUUUGAGGACUUUACAAUUUGAUUGAACCCACUACACAGCAUUUUAUUGCAAAAGAAAAAACAAGUGAAUUAAUAAUAAUAUUUCUGAUCCCGCCAUCUCGACGCCAUCGCUCAUAAAUAAAUCCACUUAAUACUUAAAGUUAUUUGGCCGGAUUAAUAAUUUCAUUCAUCAUAUAUAAAUGUAAAAAUGUCUAAAUUGCAAUCAUCGUUUAUGAUCUGACAAAAAAUUUUUUUAUCAGUUUCGUAUUGAAAAUUAUCAAUACGACUACUACUUCUUUCUUCUAAUAAUGACUAUAAUGAACGACCGGAACAGAACUGAACCACGAAUCAUAUUGUUGACUAAUCAUGAUUAUUUCAUAAUGAAAUCAUUAUUGAUUUUAAUUAGAAUAAUGUUAUUCAUAUUGAUUACAACAUCGAUUAUUGUAUUCAUACGACAAUAUUAUAUCCACAUAGAAGUUCAACAACGUAUUCAUCAUGCAUUAAAUGAUCGUGGAACAUUAGAUUGGCCAAUGCCCGUUGCAUUUCUAUCAUCAUCACCCGAAUCAUCAUGACCAUCAUCGUCAUCGUCAUCAUCAUCUAUAUAACAACGAAAGUAUGAAUUCUGAGAAAUAUAAAAAAAACUCUUCAUUUUAUUCCAUUUCAUUUUUUUCCAGAUUAGAGUUUUACAUUGCAUAAUUGGUAAUUUAAUUUUUUUUUUGUUUUGUAUCAAAAAAAAGAGACAUGAUGAUGAUUAAUAAAAAUGUCCACAACACAACCAUCCCCUUUAGCCCUAAUGUGAAUGGUAAAA